ACACACUAUCCCAUCAAAACAGCACGGCCAUUGGACAUCUAACCUGCUCCUAACAGUAUUAUUGGCAAAAUGAAGAACGGCUUCGUGAAGGACCUCGGUAAUAACGCCCCAUGUGAGAAAUGUGUAUACAGAAUUUUGGCAGCUGUCAUUAUUACUUAGCUGCUCAUCGGUACUGGUAUAAGAAAAAGGUAGAGGUUUAUUUUUUGUAUAUUUACUUCAAAUUCUGUAAUGAACAUGGAAACGGACAAGGACAACAACGUUAGUGCACCAAAGAAGUCGACAACACCUACUACGACUACUGUUGCCCUGGUGGAGAGUAACACCAAUCCCUCUGGUCUUCAGCUGGUGAGCUCUUACCAAACCAACCGGGUGGGGGACCCAAUGGACCUGGUGGCACUGGCACAACAAGUACAGAAGGCAGAUGAAUUUAUUCGAGCCAAUGCAAGCAACAGACUGACAGUAAUAGCUGAUCAAAUUCGAUACCUACAGGAGCAAGCUAGGAAGGUUCUAGAAGAUGCUAAGAAAGAUGCUGAACUUCACCAUGCUGCCUGCAAUGUAGUCAAGAAGCCAGGAAACAUGUAUUAUCUGUACAUGCGGGAGUCCGGUCAACGAUAUUUCUCCAUCCUCUCCCCGAAGGAUUGGGGUUCCAGCUGCCCGCACAAAUUCCUUGGUGCUUAUAAGCUGCAGUUUGACAUGUCCUGGACCCCCUCUGAGGAGGCUGAGAAAAGGGACUCUGAGAUCAGCAUCCUAGACAAGCUGCUGAGCCAGCAGACAGCCCUGCCCCCCUGUAAUGAGCCCAACUUCCAGGGGCUCACACAGUGAACCUCCUCCGGGCACCGGGCACAAAGAACAGACAGACUUUGCAAUGGAUUAUACUGGAUACGGAAGGAUGGUUCUUAUUUUACCUUUUUAUUUCUUUUUAUCCAUAGCUACAAGCACACACGCCAGAUUACUGUACCACUUUGUUUCUGUGUGCAAUGGUUUUUGAAUAAUCUAUUCAAAUUAUUAUUAUAAAUAUGACAGACAAGAAGUCCAUAUUUUUUCUGUGUUACUGUAUUUUAAUUGGUAAAUAUUUUCAAAUGUAGUAAUUAAGAUCAAGUAAACUGUUUAAAAACAUUUUAUAUAUGCUUCUACACAGAAAGUCUUAUGAUAACAGAGAGAUGCCUAAGAAUUAAUAAUAAAUAUGUUCAUUGUACUUCAAAGUACAGAUGUGAAAAACAAAGGGUGGCUGAAUUGAAGGUUGACUGCAUUCUGUU